AUGUCAAAGUGGACAGAGGAAACUCUUGCUGAGGCACUCGGUGGCGUUUUGCUAAAGGACAUAGACGGCUUGGACGAAGAUUUGGUCUCCUACAUCGCUGGUUCUUUAUCAACCCAAAUCGAAGAGGGGCAAUCGUGUGAAGAAGUUUUGGCGGAUACUCUCAGCCAAUUUCUUGAAUCCCUCGAUAUCUCGGACGACCAAAAGGAACUGCUCAUGAAAGAUGCGGAGGCUGCAAUUUCAUCUGUCGAAAGUGGCAAUGUUUCAAGCAGUUCAACGGCCCCAAAGAAAUUGAAACAAGGCAUAGUGAACAUGUCAUCAACUUUGAGUGAUCAAAUAGAGAACGAAUCCAAUGAAAUACUUUGGGGCUCAGGAGAAAAAGUCAAAGCGAAUGCAAAUGCUCAGAUUGAUGCCUAUCACGACAAGACAUCUGCGAAGGACAGGAGAAAGCAACGCCAGGAUUUGCAAAAAUCGCGUCGAGAUUUGGCUCAAAUGGAGCAGGCGGAGCAAAAUGUUACCAAAGCUGGUGUCAGUUCAAUGCUUAUUCCUACUGCGAAGGGUAAAGAAAGAGAUGUUUUGCUCCAAAACGUUUCUGUUUCUCUAGACAAUGGCAAGGUGCUGUUAGAUGGAGUGGACUUGAAAUUCGCGUAUAAGCGACGCUACGCUGUUAUUGGCGAGAACGGUGCCGGAAAGACGACCUUGCUGCAACACAUUGCCGCGUGGAAGUUUCCCGGUUUUCCGACUCAUCUCCGAGUGCUACACGUCCGCCAGGAACUGAGCACAGAGAGUGAAGAGACGACCUGUCUACAAGCAGUAUUGGAAGCUGAUGUUGAGGUCCAGGCGCUGCGACAAGAAGAAAAGCGUCUUCUUGCCCUCCUGGAGCAUCAGGAUGAAGGAAGCGAAGACGUCGCGGCGAUUAAGGAUAGAUCGUUGAUUGAGAAGGCGGAAGGGACUGACGACAACUUUAACCGCGAAUUAGAACGACUGAAGGAAGUCUAUGAGCGUUUGCAGCUUUUAUCGGCCGACACAGCCACGUCCCGCGCUUCCAUGAUAUUGAGCGGCCUUCAAUUCACACCUGAGAUGCAAAUCUCUCCCCUGAAAAGCUUAUCAGGAGGUUGGCGUAUGCGCGUUGCUCUUGCUGCAGCAUUACUUAUUGAACCUGAUUUGUUGAUGCUCGACGAGCCUACAAAUCACUUGGAUUUGGAAGCUGUUAUCUGGCUUGAGAGGUACCUCCAGGAUUAUCCCCAUACCGCUAUUAUUGUUAGUCACGAUCGAGGCUUCCUCAAUGCAGUUUGCACCGACACGAUCGAGCUCAAGCAUAAAAAGCUGAUUUAUUGGAGAGGUAACUUUGAUAUGUAUGUGAAACAACGAAAUGAAAAGCAAAAGAACGAGGCACGCUUGUACGAAGCGUACAAAACAAAGCGAGACCAUAUGAUGGAGUUUAUAGAAAAGUUCCGAGCCAAUGCAAAACGAGCCAGUAUUGUACAGAGUCGCAUCAAAGCAGUAGAGAAGAUGGACGCUGAAGCACCAGCACCGGUUGUUAUGGAGCCAGUAUGGCGUUUCAACAUCCCAAGUUCGGCCCCCCUGAGCCGCCCAAUUAUCUCUGUCAAUGAUGUUUAUUUUGACUACUCACCAAAGACUAAUGAUGGUUUAAACAAGAGCGAGUCGCAGUUUCUCCUGCAAAAAGUUAACUUUGGAGUGGACCUCGACUCUAGGAUUGCCAUUUUGGGAAAAAAUGGCGAAGGCAAAACUACCUUGUUGAACAUCAUCAUGGGCCUCGUCACACCAAUCAAAGGGACAGUAGCCGUCAAUAGUGGACUUCGUAUUGGCCACUUCACACAACAGCACGUUGACUCGUUCUCGCUCGGCCUCAGCGCGGUUGAAAACUUAUUAAACAAGUUCGAAGGCGUUGACGAGCAAAUCGUUCGAAGCUUUUUAGGCAAGUUUCAAAUACAGGGAAACGAUGCAAUAAAGCCGAUGUCCCUCUUGUCUGGGGGUCAAAAGUCUCGAGUUGCAUUUGCAACUUUGGCAUUCAAAAAGCCCCACAUACUGAUCAUAGACGAAGGAAGUAACCAUUUGAGUAUGGACGCCGCAGAUGCUCUUGUUGAAGCUGUGAAAGACUUUAAAGGAGGAGUGAUGGUUGUCUCACAUGAUCAGCAUUUCGUCAGCAAUACAUGCACCGAGUUGUGGGUGGUUUCCCAAGGCAAAGCGACCCGGUUCAACGGCACAUUUGAUGAAUACAAAGAGCAAACGGCAAAAGAGACAAACAAGAGAGUUGAAGAAUCUGUCAAACGAAUGGCGCAAAUUAACAACUAG